CCCGGCCGCUGGCUCCGCCCCCCCAACGGCCUCGUGACCCCGGUCCUUCGCUCGCUCAUUCCUACUCCCUCUGUCUCUGGACUUGGAGCACCGCCUAGAACCUUCUAGAAGUGUAGCUGUCCGUGAUAGUGCCUGCUCCUAGACCCGAACAUUCUUAUUCGUAUUCUUUCCUCUGACCUACUUCCUGGGAUAGAUGAAGGACCUUGCGUGUGUGCUUUCAAGCGGGAGGCAGGGAGGCAUUCGGAAUAGGAUAAUCUGCGAAGGUGGAAGUUAAGCAGAACAAGAUGCCCUCUGGAGGCUGGGUAGGGAGCCUAUGUGGCGGACGCGCCAAAACCCAGCCGGGUGAUGUCACCGCUCUGCGCCGCUACGGAAAGAAAGCCCGCGAGCGGCGCCUGCCGGAAGGGGCAGGUCGGUUAGCUGGUUUCCUGGCGACGCGGCCGUGCUGGCGGCUUCUUUGCCUUCAGUUUGUGAUUUUUCUUCCUGACGCGUGUGUGUUGACCAUGCCUUCCCUGCUCUCAACCCCCAAGCUGGUUCCGGUUAUAGCAAGACUCCGCUGCCUCUCAGGAUGCAUGUCAUGUUUAUAUCAAAGGUACUCCUCCCUCCAGCCUGUGCAGAAGAAGAUUCCAAACCGGUACUUAGGCCAGCCCAGCCCAGUUACACAUCCACACCUCCUCAGGCCAGGAGAGGUGACACCAGGACUAUCUCAGGUAGAAUAUGCACUUCGAAGACACAAAUUGAUGGAUCUGAUCCACAAGGAAGCACAAGGGCACAGUGGAACAGAUCACACAGUGGUGGUACUCUCUAACCCUACGUACUACAUGAGCAAUGACAUCCCCUACACAUUCCACCAAGACAACAAUUUCCUGUAUCUGUGUGGAUUCCAAGAGCCUGAUAGCAUUUUGGUCCUUCAGAGCUGCUCUGGGAAGCAGUUACCAUCCCAUAAGGCCAUGCUUUUCGUGCCUCAGAGAGAUCCUGGUCGAGAACUGUGGGAUGGUCCUCGGUCUGGCUCGGAUGGAGCAAUAGCCCUAACUGGAGUGGACGAAGCCUAUACUCUGGAAGAAUUUCAACACCUAAUCCCUAAACUGAAAGCUGAGACGAGCAUGGUUUGGUAUGACUGGAUGAAGCCUUCUCAUGCACAGCUUCACUCUGACUACAUGCAGCAUCUGACUGAAGCCAAAGCCAGGAGCAAGAACAAGGUUCGGAGUGUUCAGCAGCUGAUACAGCGCCUCCGGCUAAUUAAAUCUCCUGCAGAGAUUAAGAGAAUGCAGAUUGCUGGGAAACUGACAUCAGAGGCUUUCAUAGAGACCAUGUUUGCCAGUAAAGCACCAGUAGACGAAGCCUUUCUUUAUGCAAAGUUUGAAUUUGAGUGCCGGGCUCGAGGUGCAGACAUCCUAGCCUACCCACCUGUGGUUGCAGGCGGUAACCGCUCCAACACUUUGCACUAUGUGAAGAACAACCAGCUCAUCAAGGAUGGCGAAAUGGUGCUUCUUGAUGGAGGUUGUGAAUCUUCCUGCUAUGUGAGUGACAUCACCCGGACAUGGCCUGUCAAUGGCAGAUUCACCGCACCUCAGGCAGAGCUCUAUGAAGCUGUUCUAGAGAUCCAGAGAGCGUGUUUGAGACUGUGCUCCCCUGGGACAAGCUUGGAGAACAUCUACAGCAUGAUGAUGACACUGAUGGGACAGACGCUUAAAGAUCUGGGGAUCAUGAAGAGCAGCAAAGAAAAUGCCUUCAAGGCUGCUCGGAAAUACUGUCCUCAUCAUGUUAGCCAUUACCUUGGAAUGGAUGUCCAUGACACUCCAGAUAUGCCUCGUUCACUCCCUCUGCAGCCUGGUAUGGUGAUCACAAUUGAACCAGGCAUUUAUAUUCCAGAAGAUGACAAAGAUGCACCAGAGAAGUUUCGAGGUCUUGGAGUUCGGAUUGAGGAUGAUGUAGUGGUGACUCAGGACUCACCUCUUAUCCUUUCUGCAGAUUGUCCCAAAGAGAUGAAUGACAUUGAACAGAUCUGCAGCAGGGGCUCUUGACCACCACUGUGGCUGUCACCUCUGAGGUCCAAGACUAGCAUCUGUGCCAUGUGUAUAGUCAGUGUCUCUGGGUGGGGAUUAGACAUAGGUUCCUUGGGGAGUGCACAGCUCUAUGAGUGGAUGUCCCUAUAUGUGAGGACAUUUUCUUGUUAAAUAGAUGUAAAUCUGGGAAGGUGAUCUCUGGAACAAUCUGUUACUAGGACUUUAACAACAUAAAUCUGAAAAGUUAAUGAUCCAGAAGGCUUAACAUGUGGAUGUAAAGUACGGUUUUGGUUGUGUGUGCCCAUGCAUUCUAAUUAACCCAUUUCAGCAAAAUCUUCUCUUCGAAUUCUUCUCUUCCUGCACUUCUGCUGAGAUCCACUUAAUAGCCUAAGAUGCUUGUGUGAUGCCUGUAUCUUUACUGUUAACCAAAGUCUAUGCCAGUACUUACUUUCCAUGAUCUCUGCCUCCCCAGCCAAGUUCUGCACAUCUACUGGACCCUCUCAGGCUCAGGGAACACAGGUGUCCUGCAGUCUUUCCAUUCACCCACAGUACAGCAACACCAGCCAGCGAAUAAAAGAGUCUUGGUUCUUUCUUGUCA